AUGGAAGACAAAUCCCACAUCCCGAAAUACGAACGUAUGCCUCAAUCAUACACUGAACCUGGUGCUCCAAUCGAACAAGAACCAGACGAAGACAUGGAUGCAGAAUACAACCCAUCACAAGAAGUCGAAGAAGGAGAAAUUACUGACGAAGAAAAAGAAGCAUCCGACGAAGACACCGAAAUGGUUGAUGCUCCAACUGAAGAAAAGAACAUUAUUGAUGAAAUCGAUACCACCAUCGAUGACAAUCAACCAGGCAGCGUCAAAGCUUCAGAAAAGGAUGAAGACAUUGCACUUGACGUCGAAGAAGCUCAAGAAGAAGCAGAAGCAUCAGAUCCAAACGUCGUCACUCGAACUGAGAUGCCCGAUUUUCGAGAAUCGACCUUGAGGGCAAUGCAGACGCCUGGAAUGUAUGCUGAAGAUGAAAAGUAUGACGGUGAUGCUGUUUUGGGGGCGGAUGAUGAGCGUGAGGAUCAACGACGUGUGCAAUCAUACGUGGCUGCCAGUCAUCGACACAAUCUAUCCCGUGAAUCCAAGAUGAAAUCUGCUGAAAGGGCUUCCAAGUUGCAUGAAAAGAUUACUGGGUAUCCACUCGAAAUCAACCCAAAUACUGGUGAAGUCAUUUUAAACUCGGAAGAAUAA